UGCCGAAUACCCGGAAAAGAGAGAGAGAGAGAGAGAGAGAGAGAGAGAAGGAGAGAUGGGCAGCGAGGGGAGACCGACGAGACGCGAUCACCACCCACUGCUUUUGGGGGUAAGAAGGAGAAGUACAGCCAUGGCUACUCGGCCAGCCAGAUGAAAUCUCUCUCCGCCAUCUGCGCCACCUUCAUCCGGCCGGUUUCCAUGUCGGAGACAUCUCCCCACGUCGCUGGCGAGGCCGACCCUGCGAGCAAGCACCUCCGGGAGUUCUACGAGGCCUCUGGAUCCGACAACGGCGUCCCUGAAGAGGUUGCGGAGAUAAUGGUGAGGAGGCUGCCCAAGGAGGGGGUGGUUCUGAUGUGGUGGUUGCUGUGGGCGCUGUCGACGAAGGUGGGGACGCUGGUCCUCUGCGGGAGGGAGAGCCUCAGCUGGCGCUUCCCCUUCGUCCGCAGCUUCCCGGACAUGCCGGUGGAGGCGAGGGAAAGGGUGCUGCAGCGAUGGACCAAGGUGCACGGGCCCUUCUUCUUCCUUAGAAUGGCUUUCGGCACCCUCAAAAUCUUCUGCUUCCACACCUUCUAUUCUCAGGUUGAUGAAGACGUGAAGAAUCGUUUCUGGACGACCGUCGGCUAUGACGUACCCCAAGACAGAGGAGAGGCCACCAGAGAGAGACCUUUGGAUAAAGGAGUCGUCGACACUUCUGCCAAGGAUGGAAGCAGUUUGUUGAAGAGUCUCAGUAACCAUGGCCUCAGAGUUGCUGAAGACCACAGGAGGAACCUCUACACAAUAGAAUGUGAUGCAGUGGUUGUUGGUUCAGGUUGCGGUGGCAGCAUCGCCGCGGCCUUGUUAGCAAAGUCCGGCUACAAGGUGGUGGUUAUGGAGAAGGGAGGUUACUUCUGGGGUGAUGACUACUCGUUGCUCGAAGGUCCCUCCAUGGAGGAAAUGUACCAAAAUGGAGCCAAACUGGCCACACUAGAUUCGAAAAUUAUGAUCAUGGCAGGGUCAACCGUCGGUGGCGGAUCAGCAAUCAAUUGGUCAGCUUCAAUCAAGACCCCGGAGCCAGUGCGGAGGGAGUGGGCUAAUGAUCAUGGGCUUGCACUCUUUGGCAGGCAGGAGUAUCAGGAAGCCAUGGAUGUUGUCUGGAGAAGGCUAGGUGUUGUGGACAAGUGUUUGGAGGAAGGGCUUCAGAACAAGGUACUGAGAGCUGGGUGCGAAUCCCUUGGCUUGGACUGUGAAUCUGUACCUACAAAUUCAUCGGAAGCUCACUACUGUGGGCAGUGCAGCUACGGUUGCCCGACUGGAGAUAAGAAAGGAGCUGAUUCCACUUGGUUGGUGGAUGCAGUAAACUGCGGUGCAGUCAUUUUAACCAGACUAAAGGCAGAGAAAUUCGUCUUUGAAGAGAGAAAUGAAGAUGGUGGGAGUAAAAAGAAGAGAUGUGUGGGAGUUUUGGCUCGAGUUUGUGAGCCCAGAAAUUCAAAUUCCACAAGGCGAGUACUAAUCCGUGCUAAACUGAGUGUUUCAGCAGGAGGGGCGCUGUUGACACCCCCUUUACUCAUUUCUAGUGGGCUCAAGAACCCAAACAUAGGAAGGCACCUGCACUUGCACCCUGUACUGUUAGCGUGGGGCUACUUCCCUGAAUCGGAUUCAAGCUUCAAAGGCAAGUCCUUUGAAGGUGGAAUAAUUACUUCCAUACACAAACUUUUAUCAGAGCAAAAGAGUCCAAAGAUCAUCAUAGAAGCUGCGGCCCUUGGACCAGCAACCUAUGCUGCACUGACUCCAUGGGUGUCCGCUGUAGAUAUGAAGGAAAAGAUACUUAGGUAUUCCAGGACAGUGCAUCUCUUUGCACUUGCUAGGGACGUGGGUUCUGGGGAAGUGAAGGAGGAAGACAGAGUCACCUACAAGUUCCAUCAGGUGGACAAGGAGAACCUGACGGAUGGGUUAAGGACUGUUUUGAGAAUCAUGGUUGCAGCGGGUGCGAGUGAGGUUGGUACGUUACAGAGUGAUGGACAACGUCUCAAAGCAAAGGGGAUUAAAAAGGAGGAUUUGGACGAGUUUUUGGAUGUAGUAGUAGCAAGAGGAGGUAUGGCUUCGCGUUCCGAGUUGUGGACCAUGUACUGCUCCGCACACCAAAUGGGAAGCUGCAGGAUGGGUGUAAAUGAGGAAGAAGGUGCAGUGGAUGAGAAUGGGCAUAGUUGGGAAGCAGAUGGGCUGUUUGUCUGUGAUGGGAGUCUGCUUCCUACUGCAGUUGGGGUCAAUCCCAUGAUCACCAUUCAGUCAGCGGCUUAUUGUGUCUCCAACAGAAUGAUUGAAUACUUGAACAGCAAGUCAGAAUCACGAGCAGCUUGAGAUCUAAAUCACCAUACCCAUAAUUCCACGCAUGGAUGAGAUUGUUUUCCAGCUCUUUUCUUAUAGUGUAUGCCAUUGCCUCUCUCUCUCUCUCUCUCUCUCUCUCUCUCUUCACACACACACACAAUAAAGUAGGAUGGAAAAUCAGAAGCAGUUGAGAGGGUAUUGAAUGUAUUUAGAAUCUUCAUAGAAGCACGUUUCUUUUACUUCCUUUUGUAAAUAAACAACAACUAUAUUUAACUGCAAAUAAGCAUUCAUGCAAGCAA